CUUUUGCUCGCUCGGGUACGUAUUGCGGAGACCGGUUAGAUGGGUCAGUUGGGGCAGCAAUAUAAUUAUGCGCGUGCGUUAGAGACAGGAAGAGACGGGUAAAUUUUAAUAAAUUCAAAUAAAUUGGUGCUUAGCGUCCUUAUAACUUAUCUAUACUGGAAUAAAAUCUAGUUGUAUUAAAGUUGGAUAUAUAACUAUCCUAAUUCAAAGACUAAAGUAAUGCUUUGAUCACACGUACCGAGUACAUUGGCAAGAGAGUGCCCUCGGCUGAGUAAAGGCUCAUAAAUUACACCAGAACCAACACUCGGGAAAUCUCUCGCCACUGUGCGUGUGAUCUAGGCAUAACGAAUAGAAAAAAAUUAUGAAAAUAUUGAAAUCUAUCUGACAUUAUACGUCAAAAUAUAAUGAAAUUAUUGUAAAGGGUGUAAAAGGAUUGAUUUCUAAGUUCUAAAUUAUAAAUGAAUAUCCCAGAGCAGUAGAUGAACCUGCUUUAAUCUAAUUAUGUCCACCUUUAAUGUUUAUGACAGGAUUCUGAUUGUAACCGUAUUAAUCACCACUUUAAUGUUGGGCCUUGCAUAUUGCUUAUAUCAAUAUUGGUGAUAACAGGAUCAGGAAAGCGAAACUUUAUUUCUUGUAGUGAGUGAUUUCGUUGAGAAAAUUUUUUUUCAUUAUUACCUACAGAAAAAAAUAUUAUCGUUAAAUAAUAUUGUUUUCAAAAAUCAGAACGUUGCAAUCAAUCAAGCAAUAUGUCUUUCUCCAUACCCAUGAUCACGCUGAAACUUGGAGUCGGAGACAGGAUACUGAUUGGCUGCUUUUCAGGUGCCCUCGCACUUGUAGGAUUAGGAUACUUCAUAUAUCAUUAUUGGUGACAAUAAAUUCUUGUUUACCUAAAUUUUAUAAAAACCUACAUUGUAUUUUUCUGAGCAAGCAACACUGCACGCCAAACGUCAAAAAAUUAUGAAAGAAAAAAUAUUGAAAAGGCGAUUUUCGACGACAUUGUUUUCAAAAAUCAGGAAAGUCGAAGAAGAGUUACACAAUAAUUUAUGUAACUCGAAUGUGUAAUUAAUUAGCAUGUGAUUGUAUCCGCCUGCUAUCCGAAUAACGAGACAAUGGAUAGCGGGGAUAGGAUUUUGGUGGCCGCGGGGCUGACCGCCGCGGUGGUGGUGGGUGCGUUCGUGCUGUGGGGUCCAGGGGGUGCUCCGAAGAUGCGGAAGCGGCGCGGGCAGAUAGCGGGGUUGCAGAACCUGGGCCGGACUUGCUUCUUGAACACGCUGCUGCAGGCGCUUGCGGCCUGUCCGCUGUUCAUCGACUGGUUGAAGAAGUACGCGAAGGCCGACAGCCACAACAGCAUGAUCACCACGCUCUACACAGUCAUCGAAGUUGUGAAUGGCACUCAUGAGGCAGCCCGUGGCACACCAGUAUGCCCCCUGGGUGUGCUCCAGGCCCUAAGGGCAGCAGGCUGGGUGGUGCCGGCCGACCAGCAGGACGCACAUGAGCUUCUGCAUGUGCUGCUCUCCUGCAUUGAAGAGGAGACCAUUGCCAUGUCCAAGAAGCCGGGUUGCCUCUCUGACGCUCUCGGCCUCGGCGGCGGGCGCGCCUGGUCCGCACUAGCUUCCCCCGCGUCUCCGCCCGCCGCCGGCCUGGGGGGCGCCCGGGCGGACUCCACGCCCCCCACCCCCUGCACCAUGUCCACGAGGCCGCAGUCUGCAGCCGGGGACGAGCCUGCUCUAGCGGACCCUGAGCCAGAGGAGGCGCCGGCGCCGCGGCGGCUGGGCAAGGGCGUGUCGCGCUCGUUCUGCCACCUGAGCUCGGCGGGGCGGCGCUGGGUGCCCGCCGCGCCCGCGCGCCCCGCCCCCCCGCCGCCCUUCCGCGGCACGCUGGCCUCGCGGCUGCAGUGCACCGUGUGUGGCUCCAAGAGUCCGAUCCGGUACGACAAAUUUGACAGCAUUUCACUAUCAAUGGCGAACGCAGCCAUCGGUAACACAGGCACCUACAGUCUUGCUGGACUACUCCGUGCGUUUACGGCUCCGGAGAUGGUAAAGGGUGUCCGCUGUAACAAAUGCUCGCCCGACACGCCGUUAAACACACAACACAUCCGCACAGUCAACUUUGGAAAGUUGCCAGCCUGCCUGUGCCUGCACAUCGGGCGGGUGGAGUGGGCGGGCGGCGCGCUCAGCAAGCGCACGGAGCCGGUGGCCUUCCCCGAGACCGUGGCCAUGGCGCCCUACACGCAGGCGCCGCGACCCGCGACGGACUUAGUGUCACUAAUGAGUGGCGGGCGUUUCCGCGCAGCGGAGUCCGAGCAGAGCGAGGGUUCUUCUCGUGCUCUGUACAGGCUAGCGGCCGUCGUGGUGCACGUGGGCGGGCCCAGGUCCGGACACUUCGCCACGUACCGCCGGGGGAACGGGUUCGAAGCCCGCAGAUGGUGGUACACGUCGGACACGCUGGUGCACGAGGUGUCCCUGGCGGAGGUGCUGCGCUGCGCGGCCUACCUGCUGUUCUACGAGCGCGCGCCCGCACACACCGCGCACACACACACCGCGCACGCGCCCGCCACACCGGCGCACGCGGCGCAGCCCGCCUCGCUUGAUGCCAAUAUGCAUCAUAUAUGAUUUGAUGCGAGCUCCUUGUUUGCGCUCCCUAGGUAUUUGUCUGAUCGUUUGAAUUGUAGGCCGCUUGGUCCUUAUUGAGUCUUUUGUAUAUGGAGCCUUGGCAACUUGCGACUGCUUUGUUUUUAAUAUGUGACGUUAUUAAUAAGGAACCUUAUUUAUUAAACUUCGUUCAUUGUCAUUGACACAUUCGCUGCCAAGAACACGUAUGUGUCUUUAUUUUGUAUUGGAAAUGGGUCGCUUGGCACUGGAAGGGUUAAGGUCUCUUUAACCACACAUCAGAAAUGGUAAAAAAUUGCCCUGAAAAAAAAAAGGUUUUAUCCCUGACAAACUACACAAUUUCCAAGUGUGUCAUAAAUUCUCAAAAGUAUAAAAGUACAAAUGUUAAAAUGUCCUUUGUUUUGUUUAAAAUAUGAAGUCGGAAUGACUCUCGUCUCGGUCGUAAAAACGAAUUUUAGAAUAAAUCCUAAUUAUAAAUGUAAAUCUACCUUUUCUCUAAAAAUCUUGCACUUUUGAACGUGAUUGCGAUCAAUCAGUUUUAUAACAAUUAUUUUGACAUAAUUUAAAAGAUUUACUCAGUUCACGUAGCCUUGAAUAAGUACUUUAUAUUGGAAAUAUCAUACUGUUAGUAUUGAUAAGUAAAUUAGCUUGAACCCUAAAUGGAUCAAGAUUUAUGUCGUUUCAAAGCAAAAAGUCCCAUUUUGUCGUUUGCCAUAAGAACGCUUUGACGAGAUACAAUCAAAUCUCGUCCUUAUGGUAAGCGACAAAGUGGGACCUUUGUCUAAACUUCAUUUUUCGUCUUUGUCAUAUUUAAAGUCUGACUAUACAUAUACUAAACAAAGAGCGUACAUAUUGUCUAUGUCUUAAAACUUGGAGGAUUUAACAAAUGGAGUGGCCUUUAAGAGCUUACCCCUCUCGAAAACCUCGGCCAAUGGUCAUAUGUAUUGUAUGGACUGACGUUUAUCUGACAUGGCUAUUUGUACGUUUACGUAGAAAUAGCCAUACAUUUGACGUGCCCCUCCCCCGCAAAAAUCGGCAGACUGUUUUGUACAGAAAAUUACAGACAAGGCGUCUCCAGUUAAAUCCUCCAAGUCUUAUAAUAGUCAUAAAUGUCAUGAUCAUAAAUAUCAUGACUCGUAUAUAACUAUGGUUUCUGUCACACAUCUGUACUCCUAGUGUAAAUUUAUUGGAUAGCGAGACGUGACGUACGCGUUUGCGUUAAGUAUCAUUUUGUAUGGGCGCUUGGCGCGCUGUUUCUUAAUUCCAUACAAGAUGAGAUUUAACGCAAACGCGUACGUCACGUUUCGCUAUCGAAUAAAUGUACACUAGGGUUUCUGAACUAAUAGAAAUGCGAAGUUAAAUUAAAGAGUUUGUACUGUUCCAAUGAUUACCACUUUGAAUUUCUAUUAGUUAUAUGUCUGUGGUUUUGUUUAUGUACAUCCGCCAUCAGAUAUAUCGGAGCGGUCAAGGAGCUCAAAAAUUUCUGAACAUGCACUCUAACGCGUUGACAAUAGAGGCGUGUUCAGAUAUAUCUGAUUGCGACUGGACAGUGCAAUUUAGACCAAUAAUAUCAGUGAUAUUUGACUGAAAAUACUACUUAUAUUUGGCCUGAAGCGUGUUAGGGUCUUCGUAAGAUCCAUUGUGUUGUAAAUUCUAAAUUAUGUUGCUUGUUUGAAUGUUUGCUUGUAGGCUGAAUAAUGCUUUUAGAGCUCAAAUUACUUGAUUAAUUAAAUUAUUUAUUCUGUGAGAUCUUGUAUAGCUCCUGCUUUUAAUAUUAGCAUUUAUACUAUCUCGUCUUCGAAUGUAAUUGUCCAUUUUAAUGUACAUAACGAAUCAGUAUUACCAGAUGUAAGUUGUCUGAUUCGUCCUUAUAAAUAUAAUUAUCUUCUACACAGAAAAGUUCACACAGUCAGUACGGCUACCAUGAUAUGACACUUGUCGUUUACGCUCGCGACUCGAUCACAGUCCAACUCGCGCGCACUGAUGUAUUGGUGCGAUCGAGAGGGAAUGCGAUCGAGUUUACGCAGUCGCUAGCGUAUGUCAAAUGUCAACUCAUGGUAGCCAUGCAGAAAUGUGGACAACAAGCUCUCCAACUCAGAAGUAUGCUACUGUUUAUGAAUAGAAUAACUGUCUCUUAUUUAUGGUGUUUGCAUGUACGAUGUUUCAUUCUCUAGUUUUCUACGGACUGUAUUUUCUACGCAUUUACUGGGAACAUAUCGGCUCGCACGAAUGCUUUUGACAUGUUUUAACAUAACUUUACAUAAAGCAAGUGCACCUCUAUUAGGGUGCGGCCACACAUAUCGGGUACCACCAAGUCGGUUUUGUGGUAACUACUGGGAAUUUAUUCUGCCAGUAAUUACCACUGGUAACAAGUGGGAACAACCUCACAUAUCGCGAUUCGGAAAAUUUAUGGAAAGCGUUUCUCGCUACCUAAGGAAAACGAUAGAGACAGGGCACAAUUAAACCCGACAGAUUUUAACCACGCAUUCCUGAGGUCAUAAGGAGCAAAAAAUGUUAUAUGAGUUUUUUUUUGCCGAAAAUAAAAUUUCCUUUUGCGUUUUCUGCACACGACACGUUAUUUAUUUUUACACCUUGGUGAAAAAAAAUCAUUACAACGAAUAAGUAAAGUUUUUUUUUUAUAUUUACAGUCGAAAAUUGCGAGUUUACUUUAAAACUUUAAUAUCUGUCAGUAGGUAUGACUAAACCAAGUCACAUUGUGGCAGCGUCACAGCUAAAAAGGCGUUUUUGACUAAGUUAUAAAAGAAACAAAUUUUCACACAAAUUGUCAUUAUCUCUAAAACAAGACCGAUUUCAGAAAACAUUGUAUGACAUUUUAGUCUCUAAAUGCGGUCAAGAAUACACCUUUGAAACCUGUCGGGUUUAAUUGGCCCACGGUGUAUAUACUUUAUAAAAAAAAAAAUAGCGGGAUAGAAACGCCAUCACAAAUAUUCGCCGCAUGUCUGGUCGCACCAUUACAGAUAGGAGGUAAGUUCAAUUCAGUCGGGGCACUUGUCCCAAAUGGCAAAAUUUUGCAAAACAUACAACUGCCUCUCCCCUAACUUGUUGUUUUUAUAUACAUGUAGGUGUACUUGCUCCCUGAUUGAAUUUUUUUAAUAACUGUCCAUUAUCUACCUAAAUGAUAAACUUACCUUGUAUCUACAUAAGCUAUUGACCGAAUUACUAAACACUUUGAUUCUGAAAUUAUGUAAAGAUUGUAUGUAGGAAAACUCCACUAGUAUUACUAAAUACUUACUGAACGACCCCUUGUACAGUAUUUCACUGUGUCCAUCCUUUUCACUCGUAUAGAUUUGAAAGAGAAGGACUGAUGGUAGUAUAACCCUUGUACAGUAUUUCACUGUGUCCAUCCUUUUCACUCGUAUAGACUUGAUAGAGAAGGACUGAUGGUGGUAUAGUUUAAAUUAUCUGCCGAUACUAGUUUUAAGCAAGUUCGUAACUAAUGUAUUUUCAAAUAAUUUCAACUAUACACCGCAGAAUGUUGAGGUAGAUAGGUUAAGAUACCUGUACGGUAACGUCUAAAAAUAUCGAUACGAACAAAGUUCCAAAAAUGUGUAUACACGAUCUUAUUGCCCAUAUUUAGGAUUAUACAUAUUUUUGGGACUUUGUUCGUACUUAUCGAUAUUUUCAAACAUGACCGUACUUUUCAGAUUUCGAAGUGCCAUCUCUAGUGUAAAUGGAUCUUAUCACGUUUUAGAUUUUAACUUUCAUGUACAGUAGUACACACUUGAUAAGGCGCGUCGAUGUACCUGCGCAGAAGAUGAGUUUUAAAAGCGCGCGAAAUGGUGUUGGCCAAUCAUCACGCUUCACGCAGCGCGCGUCUUUUUCCGGGUUUGCUAUUGGUCACUAGCCGUCGCCAUGUUGGCGCGCACCGCAUCGCAUGUUAGUCAGCCGCCAUAUUGUAAUUGCAGAGAGACGUGGUUCGUGCGAGUGAGACGGAACUAACACCUGUAGUGUACUAUAGACCUUGCGCUGUGAUCUUACGGUUGAUUGUAAGUUUUAAGUUUUCUUUCGUUAAUUUUCGGAGCCGUAUUUUCUUUCUGCGCGAACGAAGAUUCACGACGCGCCUUAUCAAGUGUGUACUACUGUAAUAUUUAACUUAUUCAUGACUAUUUUUCACAUAGUGGUACGGUGACAGCUGUCAUCUCCACACAAUUUAUAACCUUAAAACGCAUGACAUGACAGCUGUCAACGGCGACAGCUAACCCAAGCUAUAUGAAAAAUAUUAUGUUCUUUACCUUUUGAACGCCACGCCUAUCGCACGCGGCGCGUAAUCGUGAACCUUGUCAGUACGCAUGAAGGUUGAUAUUGGGCUGUAGCCGCGCGCGUCAUAUGACGUCUUUGGCGGUCAAAAGGUUAAAAAUGCUGUGUUAUGUAUUUUAAAUUGCUUUACUACUCAUGUAGCACAUUAUGUAAAAUAUUUUUUAACCAAAGUAAAUCUGGGCAAGUUACCACAGUGCAUUUUUGGGCGUUUUCUAAAAUAAAUAUUGAAGACCUGAUUCACACAGAUAGCAUUCUCCAUCCUACCAUUUAAAAAAACCUUGGUGUUUUUGGGUUCUUUCAACUCUGAAUCACUAGCAUAUUCAAUCCUGAUGCUGAAAUAAUGUCCCUAUUUUUUUUUAAAUGAUAUUGUAGUUUCCACAUCGUCACGUACAUUGGUACAAAUGAUUUUUUUUCACACUAAAACGUGACUUAAUGGAACGGACAUUUAGGGACAUAUUUUUUUAAUGGUAGAAUGGACAAUGCAAGGACAAGAAUGCCCAGAUAUGUAAGAAUCACGUUUUCAAUAUUUAUUUUAGAAAACGCCCUUUUGGGUGUCUCACGAAUUUAAAAACCCUGUAUCAUACUUACUUAGCUCGGGCUUAGGUAAAUACCUCGUUUUAAUUAUCGACUCCAGAUGUGUAUUUUUGGGUGACUAUACUCACAUAGUUAUAGCUGUAUGUCUUAGGAAUAGAUUCCCUAUCGUGAUAUUUAGAUUGCAUAUACUUAUGCACUUUGUAUGAUACUUAUAGUAAUAUUUCAAAUUUUGUUCCAUCAUACAUCAUAAAUUCCUUAUAAGAAUCACUUAAGAGGCACAUGUGUCCUUUUAUAUCUCAAUAGACUCACCGAGUGCAAUACAAUCAGUUUUUCCCGAAGUGCAUAUGAAAAUAUAAAACUUUUGUUCGUAUAAUUUGUGAUUAUGUUAAAAUGUUUGUGCCUUUGUUUAAUUUUAAGCUAUAAGAACUUUAAAAAGCUCAAAAAAAUUCUUAAAAUCCAUUAAAAAAAAUUGUCUUGUAAAAACCAAAGUGAUUUGUCCUUUUGUGAUCAGUGCCGAAUUAACACAAUUUGAUAGCUUGAAAAUUUCUAAGCGGUGAAAAGGUUAAAUUUUGGUUAAUCCGGCAUUGUUAGUGGUAAUGGCGAGGCUUCCAGAGCAACUGGUGUGGCAACUGUAGAGGCCUGCCAGGCGGGCCCGGUGUACACGUUAUUAUACAAUUACAUUUAUCAUUGUAA